GACAGCCAACUAGCCACAGCUGAUGGCCAUCCAAUCACAGUUGAAGGCCAUUUACUACCUGAGCCAGCACCUUUCCACGUGAGGCCGAGAGCCUGGAAACUGUACUCCUGGCUCUGUGCCCACACCACGCAAGAACAGAACUCUAGCAGCUCCAAAUACUUGCAGUGAUGAGGGCCCUUCAGGCAAUGGGGAGGAGAGGCCUCAGAGGACUCCCAACUCCAGAAACCCCUCCCUUGUGCUAAUAAAGCUUUUUCAUUUGGCCCAGCCUUGUGUGAGUUGAGGUGAGGUGUCAAGUCCAGAUGGAACACUUUCUAGCCACUCUACCACAGCCCUGUCUUCCCACUUCUUCCCGCAAGAAAAGGCUGCAGUUUGAGGCCCAACCCUGGGGCCCUAAUCCAAAUCUGAAUUUAUUAGGACCUUCUGAGAUGCCAGUGAGAAUAAAGAGUAAAGAGGGCCAGCCCGGUGGUUCAGGUGGUGGGAGUGCCGCGCUCCUAAAGCCAAGGUCGCCAUUUUGAUUCUCACGUGGGCCAGUGACCUGCGCCCUCUACACCUAUGAUUGUAAACAACAGCUCUCCCAGGAGCUGGGCUGCCGUGAGCAGCUAGAGGUUGGCGUGAGCUGCUGUGAGCUACCAUGAGCGGCUGGUGGCCAGCGUGAGCGGCCAGCAGCCAGCGAGAGCUGCCAUGAGCUGCUGGGAGCAGCAGACUGACGACCAACUACCUCAGCUGUGGGGGAGCUCAAGGCUCAUAAUACCAGCAUGGGUCAGGGAGCUGUGUCCUACAAUAGACUGAGAAACAAAGGCUUCAACUGGAGUGGGGGGCGGGGUAGGCGGAAGAAGGGGGUAAAAAAUUAAAGAUUCCUCUCUGGCAAAAACACAUGGACAUUGGUUUAUAAUGGGGUCUGGAAUCCCAUUGUGGGUAUAUAUAUUGCAGGGCUUCUGCGCCCUCUGGAAGCAAGCCUGUCUCGGGUGGGGCUGAGGAGGAGGGGCUUCCUUCCUCCUUAUCUCCAGAGCCAGCCUUGGCUUUCUGGAGCCCUGUCCCUCAGUUCGGGCUGCUUGCCAUGAGGUUUCUGCUCCCCCUCUCGCUGCUGGUUUUGCUGGCGGCUGCCUACCAGGAAGGUGGGAGCGCGCGGAGGCGUCGGGCUGUGUGGGCGCAAGGCCCAGGAGACAAUUCUCCCGUGUCCUCGGAGACCGAAGCGCCGUUCUGGGUCCGCAUAAGCCCCACGUUCAAGGCCGUGCAGCCCGGGAGUUCGGUGUGGCUCAACUGCAGCAGCAGCUGCCCCCUACCGGAGGGCCCCAGGCUCCAUACUGGACUGCAGCGAGGCAAGACGCUCAAAGGGUCCAACUGGGUAUCCUUCCAGCUGCUGGAUGUGAGGGCCUGGAGCUCCGACGUGCACUGCUACGUCACCUGCGCAGGAAUAACGCAGGGUGCCACGGCCAGGAUCAACGCCUAUAAACCGCCACACAGCGUGAUCCUGGAGCCUCCGGUCUUAGAGGACGGUAAGUACACUCUGCGCUGCCACGUGACGCAUGUAUUCCCCGUGGGCUUCCUAGUGGUGACUCUGCGGCACGGCGGCCGGGUCAUCUAUUCUGAGAACCUCAAGCGCUUCACGGGCCUGGAUCUGGCCAACGUGACGCUGACAUAUGAGUACUUGGCCAGGCCCUGCGACCUCUGGCAGCCGGUGACCUGCCACGCGCGCCUCAAUCUUGACGGCCUGGUGGUCCGCAGCAGCUCCGCACCCAUGACAAUCUUCGCUUGGAGCCCCGCGUCCAAUCCCUUGGCUUCCACCUCCAUCGCAGCCCUUGUGGGGAUCCUUCUCAUCGUAGGGGCUGCCUACCUGCGAAAGUACCUAUUGAUGCAGUCCCGGCCGUAGAAGGGGUGGUCCAUGCCAGUUGAGCCUGAGCAAAAAGGAAUCUGGACUACUUUGGGGAACCCUGCCUGGAUCAAUAAAGCCGACCUCUGUUCCAUCUAAAGGUCCCCCAACAGUACACUGCCUCCGAGAAGUGGUCUUUUUUGGCCUUGUCGCACUUUCUCCAAGUUCCUUGUCUCCUUGAGGGCACCUGAGGUUUCCUCACUCUGGUUCAGAGUCCCAAUCCCUCUGCAUUGCUAGCCGGUGUAGUAAUACACACCUGUCCUGUGGCUAUUAU